AGUGCUAGUUGCGCAAAAACUUUGAACACACUUUAACAUUAAACAAGUCCUAAUUUAGUUCUUACACAAUGAUGUUACGUAGGAAUAUUAUUUUAAUACGUGCAGUGGCGCUAAAGCUAUUCGUUUGCAGUUUACGAGAGAUUGUAACUGGCGCGUUGUGAAUGUGCCAGACUCCGAUUGUCAUUUUAAAAUGUUUACAAAAUUAAUAUUUGUUGUUUGUGUUUUAUGUUUGAAUUCAGUGGAGAGUUCAUAUUCAUUGAGACAAGUUGUUAUUUUAAGCAGACAUAAUGUGCGAACGCCGUUAUCUAAAAAUUUAAACGAGUUAAGUCCCAAGCCAUGGCCGAGCUGGAAUGUAAAAAGUGGAUACCUGACCGCCAAAGGUGCCUUGUUAGAGGGCCGCAUGGGCCAGUACUUUGCAGCCUGGUUACAAAAGGAGGGGUUGCUGGAUGGCACAUGUCCAACAGAAGAUAAAUUCUAUGCAUAUGCUAAUGCAAAACAGAGAACAAAAGCUUCCGCAAAGUCAUUUGUAGAGAAAGCAUUUCCUAAUUGCAGUGUCAAAGUACAUUUUAAAGGUGAGUCAGAUCCGGUGUUCAAUCCUGUGAUUCACAACACCACUGUACAUUUCAGGACUGUUGCCCGUAAGGAAAUGGAGGCCAGACUCAAACAUUUAACAUUGAACAAUUCAUUAAUUUUUAUAGAAAAUAUUUUAGACUACAGAGAUUCUGUGCAAUGCAAAGUAAAAAAGGAAUGUGACUUAUGUGCAGAUGAAAAUAGUAUUGCAUUAAAUAUAGGGUACAAACCAAAUAUUUUGGGGCCUCUCAAAGUGGCCAAGUCGGCCAUUGACUCUUUUGUAAUGUCAUAUUACGAAGGUUUUCCUAUGCAAGAUGUGGCCUGGGAUUUGAUAAGUGACGACACGCAGUGGCAGCUGAUAAUGGCGAUAAGCAAGGGUUAUCACGAUGUUAUUUUUAACACGACACUUGUUGCAAAAGACAUUGCCUCUCCUCUCAUAAAAUACAUGUCAGAUGUAUUUAUUAACAAAAAGGAAAAUCCAAAAGUGACAUUGGUGAUGGGUCACGAUGCAAACAUUCUCACAGUUUUGAAUAGCAUGAAUUUCAAAGCUUUUACAUUACAUAAACAAUUUGAAAAGAGUCCAGUCGGUGGUAAACUUGUGUUUCAGAAAUGGUACGAUAGUAACAGUGAGAAGAACUUUUUAAAAGUGAAUUAUGUGUAUCAGUCAACUGAACAGCUGAGGGACGGCUUAAAUUUGACAUUAGAAAGUCCUCCUCAGUUUAUAAAGUUGGAGUUAAAAAGUUGUAAAGUUGAUAAAAGUGGAUUUUGUCCAUGGGAAGAUUUUAUAAUGUUUUUGAAGACUUUAUUAUGAAGAGUUAAUUAUUUCUGAUGCAUUAUGGAACAAGUAUGUUUACAUCAUAUUUUGUGUUGUGAUUUAUCUUUGUCCAACAGUUUGUCCUAUCAUUUUAAAAUUGUAAAAGGUUUGGCAAGUACACUAUACUGCCCUUACUAUUAGUAAAUAAUUUUAAUGAACAAAUAUAUACUCACACAAAUUACAUGAAAGUAAGUUUUUAUGACUCUUGCUUUGUGAUACAGACUGCUAAUAUUUUCCUAAUUGAAUAAAGGUAUUUUUAGUUAA